AUGGAGCCGGUCACAGCCCCACUGGCCUUUUUAUCUCGACUGCCGCUAUACACUUAUCAAAAGCCAUACAUCGUCAUACCUCCAAAGGGAAGUGGUGAGAAACCGGCCGAGCAGCGGCGUCUCGAAAACCUCGAAUUCUCCCAAGUGCCAGUGAUUAUCAAUGACAUGCGCAUGCGAAAAGAGUCAAGCCUGUCCGUGAAUGGUUUCCAAAAGUUUGAUCAUCCUUUUGGACCAUUUGACCUCGAUGAAGCUUCAGUGCUGGCGUACCGAGGACAGACAGAGAGCAUUCUGAGAGAAAUAUUGGAUGCUGAGGCUUACCGACGAAACUCUCCAUUGGAGGUAUUGGAACUUGAUGUCAAUGAUCCUCUGCUAGUCGAAGGCCCUCCAACUGGUGUUCACGACUUGACAUAUGACCACGCUCCCAAAAUCCUCCGAACGUUACUGAAAGAACAUGGUAAAGCACAAUAUCUCAAACCUGGAUCGAGGAUUCGUGUGGUAAACACCUGGCGGCCUAUGGUUUCAAAGCUAGAGGAUCGACCGCUUGCCUUUUGUGACUUUCGGACGGUCGAUCCCAAUGAUGCCAUCCCUACCGAUCGAGUUUAUCCUCACAGAUCUACAGAGCUCUACUAUUUCCACCACAACGAGAAUCAGAGAUGGUAUUGGCUUCCCGGACAGACGCCCGAUGAGACACUCAUGAUGCUCAUGUAUGAUACCCACCCAGAUGGCGGUGCUGAAUACUGUCCCCACGUCUCAUUUCCGAAUCCGCUUGCAGCAGCAGAUGCACCUCCUCGGGAAAGCGUCGAAACAAGAUCGAUUGUGAUCACAAGAGCAAGUGUAGCUUGA